GUUUGGUUUCCUAGCAACCUGAGCUUGGUUUCCACGCCAAAGCCGGCAGGUGGGUACCAGGCUGGUCUUCCACCCGGCUCUUCUCUUCCUUCGGACGGAGGGGCUUUGCUCUGAGCGACCCCCACCCGCCCAGCAGUUCCCAUGGCCGAGGAGCCCGAUCCUGAAGCCGCUGCUGCCGCCUUGCGCAGCGCGGAGGAAAGUUGCGCAGGCCAGAGAACCAGCGAUCAAUACCGGGUGAACCAGGACUUACCUGCUCGGUUUAACCACCCAGGAUGGUUUCGGGGUUACAGAGUGAAAGAACGCAACCCAUUGUUCAGGACAACCAACAUGGAUUACGGAGCUAAACCACCAACAGUGCACGAGAUGCCGACCAGCUUCCAUGUCAGCCCACAUGCCUUCUCGAACCGUCUCAUCACGUUCGGCAUGUACAGGAACCAUGGCAUCAACACUGUCAUGGAAAAAAGCUACGUGACUGGCCCUGACAACUUCAUCACUUUCCUGGAUACCCUCAACUUCCACCCCAGUUACCGAACUAAAGGACCCUCCCUUUCGGAGUGAGGGGCACCGGAAGGCUUCCUGCUCUCCUUUAGCUUUUUACCGUUCCAACCACCAGACCAAAAAAAAAUGAUUCCUUGAAAUCUUUGUAAAGCCCCCACCCCCUCUUUCCUUGGAAUUUUUUUUUUUUUCCAAAGGUGGCUUGCACCAGAGAGACUCCAAAAUGCUCCUAAGGGGGCUUGUAGCUUGCAAAAACAGUCUUAACCUCUUUCUUAAUACGAUGAACAUGUUAAAGCAACAUUACCUGCCAUAAAAACGUUGGGAAUU